UUGUGUUACACACUGGUGACUGUUCCAAUUAUGUCUGACAGUCGAAAAGUUGCCAAGGCAGUCGCAGCUUCGUUGACCACUGGUAUCCCAGUUGCCCUCGCCUCGUACCUCCGUCUCAAAUACGGACCUACGGUGUUUCAGGACAUAGGUGAAAUCAUGAGGACAAAAUCACUGGAAAGGACCCAGGAGACUCUGCAACAACGAGGAAUCAAACUCAUGGACUUCUUCGAGGAGCAUGCACAGAAAACACCAGAGAAGGCUUUCGUUUUGUACAAAGACGGGGUUCAUACUUAUGGUGACUUGGAUAAAGAAGCCAACAAGUUGGCUAGAUUCUUACAUCGACGUCGGACGUUAGCUUGUGGAGAUACUGCAGCUAUUUUCAUGAUGAAUGAACCCAGUUUCAUUCUUACUUGGUUGGCCUUCAACAAACUGGGUCUGAAGAUUGCUUUCUUGAAUUAUAAUCUCAGAGGGGAUGCACUGCUGCAUGGUAUCAGAGCUUGCAAGGUGAAGGCGAUUACAUGUGGCAAAGACACGCUUCUAAUUGAGGCUCUAGACUCUAUCAUGACUGAACUAGAUGCCAUGGGCGUGGAGGUUUUGGUGAUUGGGAAAGUCUCACCAGAGGGAGCCCUUCCUGAUCGAAUGACCCAUGUGGAUACUUGGAACGAACGCAGCGAUCCUAUUCCAAGGAAUGUACGUGAUGAACUACCAAACGAUGUCGAUGCUCUGUACAUAUUCACUUCUGGGACAACAGGGCUUCCUAAACCAGCGAAUCUGUCCCAUAAUCGCCAGACCCGAAACUCUUUCUUGCUGUCCAAAGUGGAUUUGACGCCAGAUGACGUCAUGUACACCUCUCUACCUCUUUACCACAGUGCUGCAUACACUUUAGGGCUUACUAAUGUAGUAAGAGUAGGUGGCACUAUCGCUAUCUCUAAGUUCUCAGCGAGUCGAUUCUGGGAUGACAUCCGCAAGUAUCGAGCAACUAGCUUCCAGUAUAUUGGGGAGAUAUGUCGCUAUCUGCUAGCACAACCUCUGCGUCCAGACGACGGACAACAUAGAAUCCGCUUUGCCCUCGGGAAUGGACUUAGGUCAGAUAUAUGGAAGGAAUUCCAGGAGCGAUUCAACAUUAGUCAUGUUGCUGAAUUUUACGGCGCUACAGAGGCUCCGUAUUUAUCAAUGAAUAUGGAUGGCAAAGUGGGGAGUGUUGGGAGAUACCACGGUAUUUACAGGGAUUUAACCGAUAUAUUUGAUAUCGUUCGAUGUGACGUCGAGUCCGCUCAACCACUUCGCGGUGUGGACGGAAAAUGCAUCCCAACACCUCCAGGCAAGACAGGUUUGAUGCUGGUUCGAUUAAACAAAGGCCGUCAAUUCGAAGGCUACCUGGCAGAUAAAGCGACGAAUGAGAAGAAACUGGUGAGGAACGUGAGAAAGGAAGGUGAUGUGUUUUUCAACACUGGGGAUUUGAUGAUUCAUGAUGUAGACGGACAAUUGUACUUCAAAGAUAGACUUGGAGAUACGUUCAGGUGGAAAGGCGAGAAUGUUGCCACGACAGAAGUUGCUCAUGUACUCAACCUGCACCCUGAUGUACAAGAAGCUAAUGUCUAUGGAGUGCGUGUGCCAGGGCAUGAUGGCAAGGCAGGCAUGGCCGCCAUUGUCAUCAUGAAAGGUCACCGACUUGAUUUGCACAAUAUAUACAGUCACGUGGUCAAGUCUCUGCCGCUCUACGCAUAUCCGAAGUUUCUACGCAUCCUUAAAGAGAUGGACAUCACUGUGACCUUCAAACACAGGAAAAAUGACCUGGCCAAAGAUGGAUUUGACCUCAAUGUCAUAUCUGACCCCCUCUUCUUUCUGGAUACAGAGAGAAAGACUUACGUUCAUUUAACCAAUGACCUCAUCAGUAAACUUGUAGUUGGGCAGGCGAGAUUAUGACUUUUGGAAAAGCUGUU